GACAUUCCCCAAAACUUGUGUCACUUCAGUCCCGGUAACAUGCCUCUCCUGAGAAGUCUUGUUCCGUUUGCAUUCGCAUUUUUCGUGGCAGUGACCCCAUUGGAAGCGAAAAAGCGAAAAUCAUCCCCUCCACACAUUUUGUUUAUGCUCGCAGAUGAUCUCGGCUGGAUCGACGUUGGAUUUCACGGAUCAAAAAUCAACACUCCGAUCAUUGACUCGUUGGCCAAAGAAGGGGUCAUUCUCGACAAUUAUUAUGUUCAACCAGUUUGUACACCAGCCAGAGGAGCACUUAUGACCGGAAGGUAUCCCAUUCACACAGGACUUCAACAUGAAGUGGUUCACCCCUCAAAUCCGUUUGGAUUGCCAUUAGAUUUUCAGACCCUUCCAGGACAGCUAAAAAAAGUUGGUUACGCAACUCACUUGGUUGGCAAGUGGCAUCUUGGCUUCUACAAAUGGCCUUACGUUCCAACUAACCGAGGUUUUGACUCCGCUUAUGGAUUUUGGGAUGGUGCUGAGGAUCAUUAUGAUCACACACGUGACAAAGUGGUUGAUUUUCGAAAUGGAACCGAACCUGUUUUGGACCUGAAUGGAAAAUACGCAACAUUCGAAUAUGUUAAGAGGAUAGAAGAGAUUUUGGAUCAACAUGACCCAAAACAGCCACUGUUCCUGUACAUGGCCUUCCAGAAUGUUCAUAAUCCCAUCCAGGCACCAGACCAGUAUGUGGACAAAUUCUCGUUUAUUGAUCAGAAGAUGCGCCGAGUGCAUGCAGGGAUGGUCGCUGUCUUGGACGAAGCCGUUGGGAACAUCACUAAAAUGUUUAAAAAGAAAGGGCUAUGGGAGAACACUUUGACAGUGUUCAGCACUGAUAAUGGCGGAGAACCCACUUUUGGGGGAUAUAACUGGCCUCUUAGAGGAACAAAACAUACCUUAUGGGAGGGAGGAGUGAGAGGUGCUGCUUUUGUCCACGGAAAAAUGUUAGAAAAGACCGGCGUGAAAUGCGAAGGACUACUACACAUCAGCGACUUCUUUCCUACCCUCAUCAACUUGGCAGGUGGUUCGUACGAUGCAAAACAUCCUAUCCCCAUUGAUGGCUUUGAUGUGUGGAACACUCUGUCCCAUGGAGAGGCCUCACCUCGAACAGAAAUCUUGCUUAAUAUCGAUAAUCCACCUUCCGGGACAAGUAAAAUGUUAGGAGUCAACUGGCAAGGAAUGGCUCUUCGGAAGGGAAGCAUGAAGCUCUUGAUGAAUGUCAAAAAUAUCACCUGGUUCAAACCACCCGAGUUGAAGGGAGUUCCAGCUGAUGUUCUUAUUUCUGAAGGGUUACUCAAAGAAGAGACAAAUGAAGAGACCCUGGAGCAAUUGAGGAUCUAUUACAUGGCAAAUGCAGACCUUUUGGACGUUGUACUUUACAACAUCACAGCUGAUCCUAACGAGCGACACGACCUCAGCACUGAGUUACCUGAUGUUCUGAAAGAAAUGAAAGAAAGAAUGAAUUAUUACCUAAACACUGCAGUUCCUGCCGCUUUUAAACCUAGCGACCCCAAUGCGAUAAAAGAGGCUCGUAAGAAUGGUGUUUGGGGACCGUGGAUGUAGACCUGAGUUGGAGGCAUCAAGCACGCUGAUAGUAAAAGUAGAGGGAAACGUUCGAUUGAAAUAGGUUUUUAACAUCUGUAGACUAUCAAAGGCAAACGUUGUUUUUCGUUACAGUUUUUAUUGAUUCCAAGUCUCUAAGUGAAAGGUGUCUCCCGUUUUUCAAGCCAUUACUUGGUUAAUAGCGCUAGUGAGGGUUAGGUUGCGAUUUUAUAGAAUGUCGUUAAGAAGAUAAUCGACCUGUAAAUGUAGUGAUGGUGGGGAAGACAGAAAUGACACUUAAGAAUGAUUUCGAGCUCACCCUAUUUUUUCGGAGUAGUGCCAGUUAGAAUCGAAUUUUGUUCUUCGAUGUAAUUGAAACCACAAUAAAUGCCUUUGUCUGAUUUA